AUGGAUGCGUUGUGGACGUAAGUGGAAGCAGUGUCUUUGGCCAAGAUGAGGGGAACGAGUGUUCUGGUUGCAUUAAUGGCCACUGUUCUGGCUAUUUCGGUCCUUAGGCUUGAUGCCGCAGUGGAUAAGCCGAUCCUGCCAACCGUGACUGAUGAUGAAGUUUCUGAUGCUGCUGGGCGGCCGUGCUGCGAUGCCGGUUGUGGUUGCACCAAGUCGAUUCCUCCACUAUGCCACUGCGGAGAUGUGAAGGACCACUGCUACCCGGGGUGUAAAAUGUGCUUGUGCACCAGGUCCUUCCCUCCGCAGUGCAGAUGCCGAGAUCCCUUGUCAUAUUGCCCAAAGCCAUGUUCCGCCAAGAAACCUUGAAGCCAAUGCCAGUGGCGCACCUUUACCUGAACCAAGGACUAUCUAAGCCCCUAAUAAAUUUGCCUGAUGCUCGUACUUAGCACCUAGCUAUGUGCUGUCAGUUGCAUAUAUAUCUAAAUAAUACUUGGACCUUGGGUUCGAUGGUUGACUUUGA